AUGACGUUGCCCAAGCGAAUUAUCAAGGAGACAGAGCGCUUGAUGGCUGAUCCUGCGCCUGGUAUUCAGGCGACGCCGCACGAGGAUAACCUGCGGUACUUUGAUGUGGUGAUGGCAGGUCCUGCCCAGAGCCCUUUUGUGGGCGGUUCAUUCAAGCUAGAACUUUUCUUGCCCGAGGAGUACCCGAUGGCGCCGCCGAAAGUGCGGUUCUUGACCAAAAUCUACCAUCCAAAUAUUGACAAGCUUGGCCGAAUUUGCCUGGAUAUUCUCAAAGCACUCCAGAUUCGUACCGUGUUGCUCUCAAUACAGGCGCUCCUUUCCGCACCGAACCCCGACGAUCCGCUCGCGAACGACGUUGCGGAGCACUACAAGACAAACGAGAGAGAUGCGAUCGAGACAAGCAAACAAUGGACCAUGAUGUAUGCAGCGUAG